AUGCAUUGGACUUUGGCCAUCUCGGCUCUGGCUGCCGCCGCCCUCGCGAUGCCUCAAAGGCGACAAGAGGAGAGCACCAGCGACAUACGUACCCUCACCUACAAUGAAACCGUCGUCUUCCACCAUAACCUCCACCGUGCCAACCAUUCGUCUGUCAACAUCACCUGGGACGAAGACCUUGCCAGCACCGCACAAAAGAUUGCGGACAUUUGCAACUUUGAACACAACAUGACGGUAGAUGGUGGAAAUUACGGACAAAACUUGGCUGUGGGUAUGCCAGCUGAGAAUAUAUCCUACGUUAUUUCCGACCUGUUUUACAACUUGGAGGCGCCAUUAUUCGCGGAUAACUACAACAUGGCACAGCCACCAAUAGAAGACUCCUUCGCCUGGGGUCACUUUACACAGCUCGUCUGGAAUUCUACCACACGAGUCGGCUGCGCCACACAACACUGCACGAGCGGAGUGGAAAAUGCUAUCGGCAUAUCACCUCAUCUCACAGUCUGCAACUACAAAAGUGCUGGCAAUGUCCAAUCCCAGUACGCUAGUAACAUUGGCGAGCCCCUCGGCCACCCAAUCGCAACUUGGGCGAACAGCACUGGUGUCCCAGCCUGUGAGCUUCUCGAUUGUACCACCACUCCGGCGCAGAAUGAAUCGUGA